UAUCAUCAAAUUUAAACAUAACAUCAACUCAAAUCUUAACAUCUGUACAAUCAUUGUCCAUUUAAUCGGGGACACAGUUGAACUGCUGGUUAACACAAAUGAUAUCAGCCAAUAAAACGGCUUAAAGCAUUUAGGGAUGUAGACAUGAUCAAGACAAUCUGCACAUGAAAAAGUUAAAACGGCGUUUCGAGUGACUGAACGUGGCAUGGCUGUUAGUUGACACGGGCUGGUCUGUUGAUUUACUGGGAUUUUCACACACAACCAUCUAGAGGUUUAUAGAGAAUGCUCCAGAACAGAGAAAAUAUCCAGUAAAAACAGCAGUCCUCUGGGUGAAAAUGCCUUGUUGAUGGCAGAGGUCAGAGGAGAAUGGCCAGACGGGAUCAAAAAAAUAAAAUCACACAAAUUACCACCUGUCACAACCAAGGUAACGCAUAACACGUCAGCAGAAGACCACAUCGGGUGCCACUCCUGUCGAUAAAGAACAGGAAAUUGAGGCCACAAUUUGCACAGGCUCGUAAAAACUGUUUGAUCCAACAAUAUCGAUAUCAAAACCAACCAUAUCGUUGAUAUCGAUGUAGACUUUUGCCAUUCUAUAUCCCUCCUGCAUGCAGGCAUGAGGGAGGAGGGUCGAGCAGAAGCCCAGAGGCUCAGUUGAAGCGGAGUGUGUGGUGCAUGGUAGCUGUUUGGUUCCUUAUUAAGACUUUGAAAACCCCCGCAAUAUGAUGGCUCUCUACUGUAGUUGGGCUUCAGCUUGUCUUGUGGAUAAAAAAGACAACACCGCUGCCUCUUUCCUCACCAGGGAAUGGUUUCGUAGGCGGUGCGCACAACCCCUGCUACAAAAGCAGGCAGACGUGGGUCAUUGAAAGCUUCUUCUCUUAGCCCACUCCAUACCAAUCCAGCAAUACUGUUACUGCCCAUCGCUUAAUGACCACUGCGUACCAAGCACCUGACAGCGACAACCAAUAACAUAUCAUAUUUGCUGAAUCCAAAACCUGUACUUUGACCAAACAAGGACCAAUUACACAUCAUUAAAUGUAAACAGUGUAAAAAAUGAUUUAUGAUUGUUAAGUGUAAUUUUUGCUAAAAAAACGAGAUGAGUAGACUGCAUUUUAUUUUAAUUGUUUGUUUAUUUGACUUAAAAUAUACAUUAUACUUGUAUUAUUAUGUCAUGUAGGACCAUGACAAUAAAAAAUGGUCUCAGAAUGUCGUUUAUCUGCAAUAAUUUUUAGGACAAUUACAAAAUUUGUUCUCGUGACAGACCGAGUGAGACCUUUGUCCCUCUCUGUGAGGAAGAUGGGCCGUGAGCAUAUACACAGCAAAAGAGUGGAGCCUUGAGAGGAGCAAUGCAAGGAGGCUCAUGUCUACAUACCUUCAGUGUGAAAAGGCUCAUCCGUCCAGGCAACUUAAAGAAGAUGCUGUUCUUGACCCGAUCUCCUCUCACCUGGGAGUGAAGCAUUGUGACCAGGCAGGCCAAAGGUGCUGUUCCACUGCGUGAAUACACAACGAAAAGCUUGUCACUCGGCACUGAAUAUUAAAGCGCAACACACAUUGUGUGGGUGCAGCAUGAAGGCAGAGGUAGAGUGUGGCAGGCAGGAGUGCUGCAGCAGAACAAGCCUCCCCGAACGCCACUACCAGGUCAAAGGUCGGCGCCACCACAGGACUGUAAUGAAACAAAUGCCUUGGCAUCUCAGAAAUGCGUCGCAAAGAUCUUUUAGGAUGUUGAGCUUCCUCUGCAAUUCUGCUGUGACUGGUGUGCCGUGCUACUGAACUCUAAAAGACUCAGAGCCAAAAAAAAAAACGAAAGUUGGAGUCACUUCCCAAAGCCCUCAUAAUUGCAGCCCUAUUGGGUUGCUAUGGCAGGUGCUGUCACCGAAAACAAACGCUGGACACAGGCCUGUCCCACCAAGGCAGGACAGACCACACCGCAUCAUUGCCACAAGGGACCAUUAAACAGUCAACAAACUGCACUUAGUAUUAUUGCAAGCACACAGAGAUAACUAAACCAGCCCAAAACCAGAAAGCUGAAGCUGAUGGCCAGCUACCUGUAGAAUCCUCAUGAGUGUUGUUUGUGUCUCCUCCUACUUGGCUCAAUUUUUUUGCAGCAGCAGCACAACCAACACUACCUCUGUGGGACCAUGUUCCACCAGCAGGAACAACUGAAGGGUCAGCUGCAGGAUAGCCACAUUGCCAACAGGCAGCUAUUCCACUGCCAGGAGUGUGGGAAGCAGUACAACACCCAGCUGGGUUACAGGCGGCACCUGGUGGAAGCUCACAACGCUGGCUCAGGCCUACCCUGUUCGGAGGGUGCACCAUCCCUGCUGGAGCACCUGGGUGGCGGCCAUAUUGACAGGCCUCCUCCGGAAGGCAACAACAAUACUGUUGUAUCUGUGAGAGAGAGAAAAUAUUCCUGUGAGCGAUGUGACCGUCGUUUUUACACGCGCAAGGAUGUACGUCGCCAUGCCGUGGUGCACACCGGACGCCGUGAUUUCCUGUGUCCUCGCUGUGCGCAGCGAUUUGGCCGCAGAGACCACUUGACCCGUCACUUGAAGAAGAGCCACGCGCAUGAUACAGGAUUGAUACCACUGGUUACACCCAGUACUCCAGUGACAACAUCCGCGACAACCACUCCGUGUCCAGCAAAGGAGUCCAGCCCUUUAGCUUCUGACAGGGGCUCAUCCUCCUCCAAGGAACCCGUGGAGACCUUCACCAGGGAUAUGUUCAACUCCUACCCCAUUGCCAAUCCUGUCCCUGGGAUGAGUCACCCGCAUGGCCUCAUGCAGGUCUCUUUGCCCUCAAGCAUGGGUGUCGGUCGCCACAUGCCGCCCCCAUCUCCUCACAACCACCACCAUCACUUGCAGCCCCUUGCGGCACCACAGCAGCAGUCGUACAGCAACAUGUCCAGGUACCAACAAGGAUCUACCUCAUAUCCCCGCACCGACGUGGACAGUUUCCUGCUGGAUCUGCAGAGUGCUCCUCCUCCCCAUAUCAGUUCAGUCAACUCUUCUACCUCUACAUCUACCUCCCCCCAGAGGGAGAUGCUCGGUGAAGGGAUGGGUGUUGGCAGUGACCCCCACCUCCUACCGAGGAAUCCUGCUAUCUCCUCAGCAGAGCUUUCCUGCACCACUAACAUGGAACUUGGGCCACUGUUGGGCUUUUUGCCUUUCAGCCUGCCGCCUUACAGCUCCCAUGUGGGGAUGGGAGGGUUAAUGAUGGGUUAUCCUCCUGCCACCACCACCGCCGCCGCCUCCUCUCCAACCUCUUCCACUGGGUUGUCCUCCCAGGCUUCAGGUCCUUUUACCUUCUUUCAGCCCCCACAGGCUCACGUGCCUCAAAGCCCCGUUACCCACAACCAUAGCCAGCUACCUCAGGCAUACAGCACUUCUGCUGUUAGCACUUCUAGCUCCUUACCUCACUACUACCAGGCCUUUCAGCAAUAAGCAGUUCUGUGUACAGACAUUAGCCUUCACAUGUGCAUGCUGUUUUUGUCAAAGGUCAAAGGCGUCUUUAUGAUUUAUACAGCAAUGUAACUUAGAUAUUUGUUGAACACAACAAAUCACCUCAUCAGUAUUACCUCGUUAUUUAAAAAAGAAAAAAAAGAAAAAAAGCAAGUUUGAAUGCACAUCUUUUUCACUAGAACCAACAGUUCAUGCACUUGACACAGUAGUUAUCACAGGUGCUAUGUGGUCUUAACCGGAUUCAGCAUCUGGAAAAAAAAGAAUAGAAUAGAUUCGGGUAGGUACCAUGUAUUCUCAGUCAUGUCACAGACCAGCUCAGAAUCCAUGUGGAAGAGCCGAGUUCCAAGAGGCCACACUACCACGGUGGCACACACACGCCACUGACAUGCUUUUACCUUUUUUUGUUACUGUUUGUUGCUGUAGAGCUAAUUAAAAAUGCACUUAAGUUCAUCAUUACUUACCUUUUUCGUGGCUAAAAGGCGAGCCAGCCUCAUAAACUGCUGCAUUAGCAUUUGUAAAACAGCUAUUUGUCAUAGGGGGUGUCAAAUUUGUGCCACGGAGGGCCGAGACGCUGCAGGUUUUCUUUCCAGCCAGUUACUAAAGCAGGUGAUUUUAACCAACGUGUGUUGAUCAGUAAAAUCACCUGCUUUAGUAACUGACUGGAAGGUAAACCUGCAGUGUCUCGGCCCUCCAUGGCACAGAUUUGGCGUGAUGUAGAUGCUGAAACAUAUGGUGCCAAAUACCAUAAUCAUAAGACUUUGGCCCCCUAACUGUUCAUAAAGAUGUCAGCAUCCAUGAUGUUGUGCCUUUUGUACCCUUGACCGAUCAGGCCUUGAGAAAGCAUGCAUCUGCUAUGUUUUCGGCUGUAGUAUCCAACCUCUACAAAUGCCAAAAUGUCUUACAAUGAACAGUAGUUCCUUACGGUGCAAAUCGGCAGCCUGACCUUGUGGAGUCUGACUUGUCACUUAAAGUAGUCAAAUGCAUAGUUUACUUCCAGGUGGAAUAAUAACCUCAUACUGUAGAUAUUGCACAGUUGCCAUUCUGGCAUUCCUGCUUUCGGUCACAAUGCAAGUUCAUGCUUCAAAAAAAGAAACGUUAAAAUUAACAAAAUUGUAUUUCAUAGUGUACAAAAAAUACCCUCUUUGGUCAAUAUUUUUGAAGAUUUGCGUAUCCCUGUCCUAUAUUAAGGAGAUUAAUACAAUACAUGGAUGGGAUAAAGUAAUAAUUGGUCUAACAAGUCCAAACUAGUUCUCGAUGUUCUAAGAGUAUGUGUUUAUGAGAUGAGACAUUCGGGAAUUGAUGUGAAAAUGAAGUCAAACACAAUGGAAUUCUUAACAAAUCAAUUGCAGUCCUAAAACAUGUAAUUUUUAUUUUUUUUAGGUUUGGUUUGGUUGGUUCCUCAACAGUGUGUGGCGGCAUGGAUGCCCAUGUUGUGAAGUGACUAUGGUCAAACUCGGCGUUUCUGAAUUAGCUGAGUCAAUACACAUCUAUAAUGUCGCCUGUCGUAACCCGAAGCAUUAAGAACAAAUGUUUGCCCACUUGUUGAUUUUAGCUAGAGAUGUAUACUUGCAGACAUUUAGAUAACUAAAGAGUUUUGUUUAAUCUGUUUUAAACGUACAAGAAUAUUUGUCUUCUGAAGAGUAAAGAAUUAUGCCCCUUAUUUUUUCAUAGAAAUUAACUCUGAUUUGUUGAAUGGGGUGCAAGUAUAAGGAGACAAGCUUUGACCUUGCAUAGAUACUGGGACUAUAUCAGUUUUGUGUGAGAAGCGGGCAUCAAGCAGCCCCUAUUGCCAUUUGUAUAUGUACUAAGGCAUAUCAUGGGCGCUUAAACCGAGUGAUGUGACCCGAGAGAUUUUUCUUUAAAAAUGUAUAAUUUAGAUUUUCUGGAUGUGAGAAACUAUGACCUUGCUGUUUUUGGUUUAGCACAGCAAAAAAAAAAAAAAUUAGAAUAUUUGUAGCCUUUUCUGAUUAUUAUCAAUGACCCUGUCUGCUAAUUUUCCGUUGGUUUGUUGUGGCUAUCAAAAGCUUCUAAUGAAAUUGGGACUUAUACGCCAUACCCAAAUUUGACUUUCUCUGAGGGGACGGGGGGGAUAUCCCAAAUGAUUUCUAUCCAUUCCUUUGAUAACAUAGUCCCAGUUUCAAGAAGAAAGGGUCCCAGUAGUGGAAACUCCCUACUCCCUCACAUGUUCAAGUGACUGUUUAUACUGGAAUGAACGCAUGCAAAGAGAGAAUGCUCUCUUAUUUUAACCUCAUGCUGAUCGACUGUUCCACUUGCAUUGUCACUAGCCUCAGUGUUGCACCAAUGUCAAAAUGCUACUGUUGUGUCUCUUUCAAAGAGAGUAGAAUCUCUUGACAGGGUUAAAGCACUUAUGACAUUUCUGAAAAAAAUGUUUUGUACCUCAAACACACAGAAAUAAGGGUUUCUGUUUUUUUUUUUUCGUUAUUCUCCUCCCUAGUUAUGGUGGCACUUUUGCCCAUUUUAGAUGUAAACUUUUGAAGGUAGCUUUUGAGUUAACUCUUAAUAUAGUGGCAGACAUUGAUAUAAUGACUUAAACAUUCUACCUCUACCUCUUGUCAUAACUUUCUGCAAGAUCAAUAUAAAGCGAUAACAGGCAUUUUACCACUGAAAUGACUAAAGUUAACUUUGAAGGACGGGGGAUGUACACUCGGAUCAGAGGUGUGCUCCAUUGAAUCAAGCAUUGUUGCGUGUAUUUGCCUUUUUAAUGAUAUUUCUACUUAUUUACUACCUCAGAAGCGAGAGGCAACUGCUUAUCUAACUGCAGCGGAAAUGUCUCUGAUUACAUUUGUUUAUCGUAGCUCUAGUAUUUUGAGAGUACCUCAUAGCAGAAUAUCAAGCACAGGUUCUACUGAUGUCAGUACCAUUUUAGCCUGUAAUUGUUACAUUGGAACGCAGCUAGUAGUCAGGUACUUUUCAUGCACACAAGUGGCAGCUCAUGAACCUCACUGCCUCGUCUCACACAUCUUUAACUGGAUCACUUUCAGUAUUUUUGUGUCGGAUAAAGGACCAGAAUACUUUCAGACAAAUGCAGUAAUCUUGUUUGUGGUCAUUGAAAAUGUUCUUCUUUUUAACAGGACCGGUAACACAUUUCAACACUCGUACAUUUAAAGUCAUUCAGUUGGAUGUAAAUCAUGCUUGUGUGUUUUGCGGUUAUGAAUGAUCACACUGGAAGCUGUGUUAAAAUACCUGCAAUGUUUUCUGCCGCAGGAAGAAUUGUUUAUUACCUGCCAUGGUAGUAUGAACAUUGUGCAUAUAUAUAUAUAUAUUUUAAUACAUCCGUGUUCCACCCACAUGUGAAAAACCACGGUACCUACAGUGUAAUGCAAGGACUUUGGGUUUCACCUAUCAUUGUGUGUAUGUCGUGACCUAUGAUAUAUUGUUACACUGUGGGUCAAAGAAUAAUCAAAGAUAUUUCAACAACUGAACACGUUUACCUUUUCAUGACUAAGUAGAAGCAGCGCAGAUAUGCGCUGUGACCAUUUCAUAUUGUAUGUGCCGAAUACUCUCUGUAAUGCUGUUAAUUUCUGCUGUGAAUCAAGCUCAUCCACUUUUUCUUAGUUUUCAUUAUUGCUUCAUAGCAUUGAUGACCAGGAAAACAAGGCAAAUUGUCAUUUUCUUAUUGUCUAAAAGUAAAGCAAAAUAAAUGUGUAGAUUUACUCUGAAGUUGUGUUUUAAUUUGGAACAUGAACUUUGGAAGGUGGUUGAAUGAAUAGAGUUUACGCAUUUGGAAGGGAGUCCUGAAGUCCAGAAGUUUUGUACGGCUCUACUGAUACGAUCCGGACUUCCUUAUAUGGGCUGCAGCUACACUCUGUAAAUGCAGGCCUAUGUAUCCGGAAGUCCUCGUGUGACCAAUCAGAGUCGAAUGAGCUAGCCUGGAGGCGGGCCGUGGGUGGAAUAAAUUUGACGGUUUAUGUAGGAAGCAGGAAAUCCACUGGGGCAGUGCAGAAUCUGGAAGCUCUAGAAAGCUUUCUGUGCAGGAGAUUUUCAUGGCAUAGCACACAAAGGUCUGACCCCACCUC